CUCUGGCGUCAUCCAAUUGCAACACACUACUCGUUCUUCCAGGCAGAACGCUGCCCAACAUGGCUGCUGCUGUGCGUUGAGAGCGUUUAGGAGUAGCUGGAGGAGUAUCAAGCGCUUUUAGAGUAACAACAACGGCCUCAAAAUAAAACCAGGUGUGGGGGUCCCUCUUGUCACACUGGCAGAAUACGUGUGGCAGGAGGUGUUGCCAGGUGGGGGACCAGGGCUGCACCCACCUGUCCUCUCCACCGUCCUCUGUCCACAGCUGUACGACUUGACCUGCAGCGGGCGGGCUGAGUGGGAUCCAGCUGAGAGCGUCCAGUGGGCAGCGUCUACAUUUGCACAUUGCAAGCACGCUGCUGACAGGGCUCUGCCAGGUGGUGUUGCCUGCUUGAGGGGCAGAGCAUGUUGAGUGGUGGUGGUCACCAUGGAGCCGCAGGAUAAGAAGAAGGAGGAGGAUGCCGUGACUCUGGGCCUUUCAACCGGCCAGGCACUGGUGAAGCUCCGGGACCAGCUCAGCAGCCUGCUGGAGCAGCACCAGAGGGCUGCACACAGACAAGCCUCAGCACAGGAGCGGUGGGUAAAUAGCUUCCUUUACCAUGGAAACCGUCACUCCUGCCUUCAUUGGUCAGGAGGUGCGCUUACUCUACUAGUGGUGCUGGGACUCAUCUGUUGCCAUGGCAGCCAGCCAGAGGGCAGUUCUGGUAUAGAGGUGGUGAAUGCUCUCGCCCUCCUCCUUCUCUUUCUGCUCAACCUGCUGCUAGUCAGACGUCAGGAGAGGCUGAAGAGGAGUGAAAUGGUCCGGCGCCUUAAGGGCAUUAUCACACAGCUAAGCGACUAUCUGUCAGGGUGCGUGGACGAAGUGCAGUGGGCUCCAUCACUUUAUCCUGACUUGUACACACCCUCGUCCCCAUCGUGGUCCCUUCAUUGGACCUACCGUGACUCCCAGCUGGUCAAUCUGCCUGUCGGCCUGUUGGUGGAAGGGGACAUCAUUGCCCUGAGACCUGGGCAAGAGGCUUUUGCAUCACUGCGGGGCAUAAAAGAUGAUGAGCACAUUGUGUUGGAGCCAGGGGAUUUAUUCCCACCAUUUUCCCCACCUCCCUCCCCACAAGGCAACGAGAAGAGAGGGCCUCAGAACCCCCAGCAACACCGCCUCUUCAGAGUGGUCCGGACGCCAAUACUGGAAUCAGUCAGGAACAGUUUGGAGCUGGCGCUGUCUCGGCCGGUCACAGUAUUAGAUAAUGAGAGGUUCACAGUGCAGUCGGUCAUCACCAAAAUAGUCUGUCCUGCUGUGCUGCUGGCGUUCCUGCUGGUGAACACUGUUCGCUACUUCUGUGACGCACCCAGCCUCACACCUCCCUGCUAUAAUUUCCUUCAACUUCAGCUGAUGGGGGUUCUGCCCAUUUUACCUCUACUCUUCCCUGUCAUGUGGGUGCUGGUGAAUGCCUUUGGAGAGGCCAGAGUCCUUGCCGAGUUCAGCCGGGUGUCACCCUCUGGUCUGCUUGCUAAGUUCUCUGAGGACACUCUAAGCAGCUACACGGAAGUGGUUUCCUCGCAGGAGAUGCUGCGUUGUGUGUGGAGGCACUUGGUCGGCGUCCUAAAGGGGGAGUCUCAGACGCUCUGCUACACUUCCAGCCUGUUACACACUCUCGGAUCUGUCACUGUUUUGUGCUGUGUGGACAAGCAGGGUGUCCUAUCGUGGCCUAACCCCAGUCCAGAGACUGUACUGUUCUUCAGUGGACGAGUAGAACCUCCUCACAACAGCCAGGAUGAUCUCAGGGAUGACCUGUCUGUCAACUCUUACUGCCGUAUGGAGGCUGAGGAUGAUCGAGAUGAGGUCCAGGAGGCAGAGGCCCUGCUCGCUCUACCUGCAGAGUCGUCCGCACCGGGCGAGAGGCCAGACGCCAGCGAAACCUCCCAUGACACUGCUCGCUCCUCUGACACGCUCAGACUCCGCCAGCCCUGUCAGCACACACAGGGUCGCACCAAACACCAUUCUGGAUCCAACGUGAGCUUUAGCCACGACACUGAGGGAGGCGAGGACGACCUGGCCCAGGAUUUUGUGAUGGGCUGUUUGGACGCAGAGGCUGAGGAUUUUGUCUGUGACUACCACCUGGAAAUGCUCAGCCUGUCGCAGGACCAGCAGAACCCAGCGAGCAUCCAGUUCGACGACCUGUCCUGGCAGUGUCACUUGCCUUCCCUAAAGCCCCUGGGCCUUAACAUCAUGCUGAACCUGUGCAAUGCCAGUGCCACCAAGCAGCUCUGUCGGUUCUCGGACCACCUGUCCAACCUGGCUCUGCAGGAGAGCCACGGCAUCGUGCUGCCUGUCUAUGUCCCCUGGGGGCUCUGUGAGCUUUCUAGACUCAUAGGGUUCACACCUGGGGCGAGGGAGUUGUUCAAGCAGGAGAACCACUUGGCUCUGUACCAACUGCCAUCUGGGGAGAAAACCAAGGAGUUCACCUCCCGCCGCCUUCACUACAUCACAAAGCGCCAACCUCCCAUUUCCCACCUCAUCUCAUUGUUUGUACGGGACUCUUCUUCCAAUAAUGUUCAGAUGCUGUCACACGGCUCAGCUGACCUUAUCCUAGAGGCCUGCACUGACUUCUGGGAUGGAACAGAUAUCUACCCUCUCUCAGGCUCAGACAGAAAGAAGAUUUUAGACUUCUACCAGCGUGCCUGUCUGUCUGGUUACUGCUCUGCCUUUGCAUACAAACCCAUGCAAGUGUCAUUGUCCAGCCAGCUAAAUGGAAAAUGUAUAGAGCUGGCUCCCGGUCCCUGCCUCUUCUCUGGAGUUGAACUGCCCUCCACCACCCCCAUCAAGCACAGCUCCAAUAGGAAUAGCUGGAGCUCAGAUGAGGGUAUAGGCGAGGGGGUGGAGCGUGAAGACUGUGUUCAAGCCCUGAGUGGGCAGAUCUUCAUGGGCAUGGUGUCCUCCCAGUUCCAGGCUAGACUGGAUACCGUUCGCCUCAUUGAUGCCCUGGUCACUGCCUGCAUCCGCUUUGUUUAUUUUUCCAUGGAAGAUGAGCUCCGCAGCAAGGUUUUUGCAGAAAAGAUGGGUUUAGAGACAGGCUGGAACUGUCAUAUCUCUCUGACUCCAAACGGAGACGGUCGCUGUGAUGGAGCUCUGUCCAGCCCCAGUCACGGCUCCUUGCAUGAAGACCUGAAUCAGGACUCCCGGGAUGAAGCAGAAGGUCCACUGCUGCCUGAGGAGGAAGUCCACUCUGAUCUUGCCAGCUUCCAGCCCACAGACAGUGACGUGCCCAGCUUUCUGGAGGACUGCAACAGGGCCAAGUUACCACGUGGCAUUCGCCAGGUUCGCCCUCAUUUGAAGAACAUUGAUAACGUGCCACUUUUGGUGCCGCUCUUCACUGACUGCACCCCAGACACCAUGUGUGAAAUGAUGAAGAUCAUGCAGGAGAACAGGGAGGUUACAUGCUGUCUGGGAAGCUCUGCCAAUUUCCGCAACAGUCGCUUGUUCCUCCAGAGUGACCUCAGCAUUGCUCUGGAUCCUUUGUACCCGUCGCAGUGUUCGUGGGAAACGUUUGGCUACGCCACUGGAGGAGGAUUUAGUGGAGAUGCUGAAGGUCUAUCUCCUCUAAGGCUUUCUGGGCAGCUUAACAGUCUAGGCUGCUCCGCCACCUUCCAUCAAGGAGAGAGUGUCAGCAUGAUAAAGCUCAUCGAGCAGGCUCGUCACACAACCUCUGGCAUCCGCAAGUGUUUCCUCUUCCUGCUGCAGUGCCAGCUCAGUCUGGUCAUCAUCCAGUUUUUAGCCUGUGUUGUUCAGCUUCCUCCUCCGAUGAACACUACUGAUAUUCUGUGGCUGUCGUGCUUCAGCUGUCCGCUUCUAAGUGUGUCUCUUUUGGGGAAGCCACCAGACAGUACAGUGAUGACCGUUGCUACAGGAAAGAACUUAAAUGCUAUUCCAAGAAAGACACAAAACUACUUCCUAGGCUGUUUCCUGUUGAAGUUUGGCCUGACUGUCUGUGCCUACCUGUUGGCCUUUGGGUUCACCCUGCAGGAGGUCUGCCUCCAAAGCAGAAACAUAACCUUAGCUAAUAAUUCCAAUGUCACCUGUGACAUACUGAUAAUCAGCUCUUCAGAUGAUUCUCCUCGCUGGUUUAAUGAGUUGUCUAAUGGCCUGCUGCUGACUCAAAAGGUCAUGGCACUGUUUCUUGUUUUACACACAGUGGUGAUCUCCCUCAGCUAUGUCCACCGCUCUCAGCCGUUGUGGAGAAAAAGUCCAUUUAGCAACACCUGGUGGUGCAUUACAGUGCCUGUGGUGCUGCUCGGUCAAAUAGUUCAGGCCACGGUGGAUUACCUGUUGUGGCAAAAGCAGGGGAGCUUCCUGAAUUUUCACUUGGGUGACAUACCUCUGCUUUCCUGGCUGCUGGUCUCUGUGUCCCUGCUGCUGGUGGUGGUGGUCAACGAAGUGGUGAAGCUACACGAAAUACGGGUGCGUGUUCGCUACCAGAAGAGGCAGAAGCUGCAGUUUGAAACAAAGUUGGGGAUGAACUCUCCAUUCUGAUGCCUUCCUUUGCUGAGCAAUACAGAGAACCAGUCGGCCUGUUCUGGGAAACCAGGGAAGGGAAGCAUGAAAACACUGUAGGAACCCUCCAUUAACUUUAGCCCAACAGCACUGCAACCAGUGAGGGAGACGCCAGCCAAAUGUUAUGUUGGAAGUUUCAUGAAAGGAUAUAAAAGGUAGAUCUGUUUUUAUCCAACAAAAUUCCAAAGUGUUUAUUACAAAUUAAGAAUACCUAAAAGUAGGUGUUUAGGUCUUAUCUGAUUUUAGAUCAUUUUGAAGGCAUGAGGAAUGUUUUCUGAUGGAGUUUAAGCUACUUCUGUCAUUUGUGUUCUCUAUCACUGAGAGGCUUGUGCAUGGACGCUCAUAUGUGUAGGAAUACUCCAAGUCCAGAACAUUUCACCUUUUUGUUUUGUUAUAUCAAACCAAUCCAACCCUCAAUUGUUUUAAAAUAUUAUUAGUGUUUUUAUUUCGAUGAACAAGCUAGGUGUAGAUAUUAUUUUACUAAUUUAAAUAUAGAAUAUAAUAAAAGCAAUAAAUGAGGGGAAUUAAGAAAAACCUUUUUAAAAAAAAAAGUAAUUUCAUUCAUUACAAUUAUAACUGUUUCUUGAAAAUGAUAAUUUUAUUAUGUUUUCACCUUUCAGCUGGUUUACUUCCUUUUAAACUUGCAAGCAUAGCAACUGCUACCAGAUGUAGCCUGUAAGUACUAAAUACUGUAGUUAAAAGACAGCAAUUGUGAAAGUGAGUGUUAAUAAGCUAUAUAGCAGCAAGAAUAAUAGAAACUAACUUGUAUGUACACUGAGUUGUUGCUUAUGAACGUGUAGGCUUGUGUCAGAUGUUAGAGGUUGAAUACGUUUUAUUUACAUAGAGUUGCAUCUCUGACAGAAAUCUGGUAGCAGCUGAUAAGUUUGGACCUUUAAGAGGAAGUAUGUGUGAUUGAAUCAAAGGAAAACACAAAACGAGUUAUAAUAACAGAAGGUUACUAAAUUGGAGUAAGGAAAUGGAAAAACAAAAUUCAUAGUACUGAUUUGAGCUGUAGUAAUUUCACGUGUUCACGGUUUGGGUCUCUCCUCAGCUCUGCAGAAGUGUGGGUGGGGAUCAGAGGUACUGUAUGCUGUGGCUACUGGCUCCCUGAGUUAGGGACAACAUUCUGGGUUUUACUAUUAACACCACUGACAACAAAAGCUACUGUAAUACGCACUCUGUUUCGUUCGAGGGGCAACAAUACCUAUAUUAAAUUACUGUAUAUAUAUAUAUUUUACAUGGUUCAUAUGUUUAUUUAAUUUUCAAAUUUAUUCACUUAAUAUUAAACACUUAGGUUGCACAUGUGACAAAUUUAGUUGGCAUUAGAAUAGGUUGCAACACUACCUCUGAAAAUGUGACAAAAAAGCUGAGUUGGUGACUCUUGUUCUCAAGCAAGAUAAUCCUCACUGUGGUAACUUGCAAGACAGUGUUUUCUAUGAUUCGAAUCUGAACCACGCCGCGGUUAGAGCUGCUGUAGUGCUGUAGAUAAUGAAGGAGAACGAAGAAUCUGAUUGCUUCAUGUUCACACACCUCGAGAAUGUGCCAGUGUGCUACUUUGAGCCCACACAGUUGGCUGUGCAGUGAUCUUAACACGUCCCUCCCCGUGUGAAUAUUCCCUGAACGCGUACCAACGUUCUUUCUGGUAUCCUAAUGAACCAGCUACUUUUGAAAGGUGCUUCAUGUGAUUCGGUUGCCUUCCUUCUCAGCCUGUCUGUCGUGUCAUGUCCCAGCACCUCAACGGACAGGACCUCAGGACAUGUAUGAAAUAGCAGAUAGUUCCAUACAGAACUUGUUAAAAUCAGCCCAGAUUUCAUGUUUAAUCUGUUGACCAGCAUACAUAUAUCAUGAUCAUCCUUAUUGCGCUGCAGCUGUUUGCAUGUUUCUUAUUUCCUGCUGUGAUUUCUAGUUAAUGUGCACCCUUAGCAGCAGAUGUCUGUAUCACUGUUGGCCUUUUUUUUAUUAAAGACCAGCCUUCUGUGGGGUGCUAUUUUUAUUUUAAAUAUAAUUUUUUAAAGUGGAUUGGUGGUGGUCAGAACUAAAUACCUAGACUCUUAACAAAUGUAGAGUGAGCCGGUUUUCUCAUUGCUGAAUUACCCCACUGUGAGCUUGGGCAAGCAUGAGCCCUGGAGCUCCACAUGGUUUAGCAAUUUAUUUUCCAUAAAAUGUAUCAUAUUCCAUUGUACAUUGAUAACGAGAAUGUUAUUUAUACUGUAAUGUGUAAUCUAUUUUUUUCCAUUUUAAUAGUUUUUAUGUCACAAUCAAGUCACAUUUACAAUUGGCAAGUUUAUUUCUCCUCUCGUCAAUUACCCUUAGUCAUGAACAAGCGUAAAUCCAUCAAAGUUAAGCUGGUCAUUAGAGGUUCUGAAGUGUAUUCCAGCCUUGUUGGUGGAGUAGCAUAACAUUUUAAAUUCAAACAUGGCACCUAGAGUUGAAUCUCAGGUCUACCAUGUCCACUGGACUUACUGCUAGGAAAUCGAAACUUCACAAUUUAAUACCAACACUGCAUAAAUAUUUUAGAAGCCUUGGUCCAGACAUUUAAUUUUUAUAUUGGUGAAUUUAGCUCAGGCCCAAAACAGAAUUCUGCAUUUCUUGUGUCAUUUUAGAAAGAAUAAAUACACAAAAUUUAAAGGAAUAGAAGUUAAGUUGAGUGAAAUUAGCAUUAUUUUAAACCUUUAACAAUCACAAGAGAUGACAGCUGGUAAAAGCAAAUACGUGCAAAAGCACAAUUUCUAAUUUUACAGCACAUAAGAACUUUCAGGAUGGACAAAUGAAUCAGGAUAAAACUACUAAAGUUCAGUUUUUGGACUUUGGAGUUCAAUGCAAGAAAAAAUAUGUUUCUUUUUUGAUUGCCCUGUACUAUACUUCACUGUUUUAUAUCAGGACAAACAUGGACUAUGCUGCAUGAAUAAGAUUUGGUGAAUGCUCUGUCCUAAUCAGUGUACAUGUCAUGUAUAGUUCUACGGUUCACAACACAGCAUGGACUUCUCACUGUAUAGUAGCAGGCCUCUGCACAGUUGAUGCCUGGUAUUCUGAUGUUCAUUUAUGCGCCCCUGUUAGCAGCUGAACCCUCCACCAGAUUGUAGAGAGGGAUGUGAGCUGAUGAACUACAGUAUAGAUGUUCUCAAUAUACAAAAUGUAUAUUUUGUAUUUUUUAAAAGUGUCUGCUCAUGACCUAUGGCAUUUUUUGUGUAUUGAUUGUCAUGUUAAUAAAAAUAUCCUUUUAUUUUUA